AUGGGCACACUGAGCGACGCUAUGCAGCGCUCCCAGACCGCCGUGUGCGGUUCCAUGAGGGGCCCUGCACUGAGGAAGGCGGAGGAGUUAAUGAAGUAUGUCGUUGACGCGGGGGUCCCGGAUCGGGUGUGUUUCUGGCUGGAGAAGUCGACUGAGCGUGUCGAAGGUGAGGCACGCGGAUUUAUUUCCGGCGGAACUAUUGGACAGCAAGUAUGCAGCGCAACCAACUUCUGCUGUCUUCAUAAGUCAGGACAGAUAGCGCUGGGCCUCACUGGUUGUGGAUCUCAUGCUGUCGGCAAUAUAUUUUUCAACACAGACAUGUGCAUCCAAAGCACUUUUUGUCCUUGA